AUGGAAGCAAAGAUAAAGGAACUCAGACCCUGGUUAGAAGAAAUAGGGGGAGGGAGAUGGACGAUAAUAGGGGGCGAUUUCAAUGCGAAAACGGGAGAGGAGGGGGGAAGCAAGACAGAGGAGGAAGACGAAGAAAGAGAGGAAAAAAGAAGGUCCAAAGACAAGAAGAUCAAUGCGGAAGGAAACAGAUUACUAGAGACCCUGAGGGAGACAGGCCGGUCUAUUCUGAAUGGAAGUAUAGACGGGGACAAGGAUGGAGAAUUUACAUACACCGGGGUCAGAGGAGAAACGGUGAUAGACUACGUCAUAGUAGAGGAGGAAGGAAGGGAAGAGAUUAAAAGGAUGGAAAUUGGAGACAGGAUAGAGUCAGACCACCGCCCCCUGAUAGUAGAAAUGAAGGGGGGAGGAGAACAAAACAUAGUAGAAGAAAGAAGAAGGAAGGCAGCACCAACAGGGGAUUGGUCGGAGCAGGAGAGGAAAGAAUUCAGAGAGGGAUUAAGCUGGAGGAAAUCGAAGACCAAGGAAUUGAACGACGACAUGAAAAUAACGCUAGAAGAGCUCAGAAAAGGGCUUGAGAGUGGAAGUAAGAAAGGACAAAAGAGCAAGAAAAAAGGAUGGUGGGACGAGGAAUGCAAAGAAAGAAAAAAGGAAGUUAGGAAGAUACUAAGAGAGUGGAGAAGGGGGAGCAAAGAGGGAGAAAGUUACAGAAAAGCAAAGAAAGAAUACAACAAAGUGUGUGAAGAAAAAAAGAAAGAAGAAAACGAAAGGUUCAUAAAAGAGGUAGAGGGAGUAAAAACGGACAAAGACGUGUGGAGAAUAGUCAACAGGGAAAGGCAACAGAGAGGGCAGCCACAAUCGAACAUAAAAAAAGAGGAAUGGAAAUUGCAUUUCAUGAGCUUACUAGGAGGGACGGAAGAAAAGGUGGUGAUGGGAGGAGAAAGGAUAGCAGAAGAGGACGAAGAAGAAGAAAUAAGUAGGGAGGAGAUAAGAAAGGCAGUGACAAAACUGAAGGACGGGAAAGCAGUGGGUGGAGACGGAAUACCAAACGAAGUCUGA